AUGCCAAAUGAUACCAUGGGUGGUAACUAUUCCACAUUAACAACUCAGGAUCCAUCUGAGCCAGGAAUUCUUGCAUCCUUCAAAAAUACCAGCACAUCAACACGACAUGGCAUCAGCACUGCCGGUGACAAUUAUGGUGGCUGUAGCAGUGGCAGUGGUGGUGGUGGAAGUGGAUUACAUCGUAUAGCUGGACGUUUUUCUGCUGGAUUUGACGGUGGACAACCAAGACUAAAACGAAGUGUUAGUCAACUGAUGGAACGACAACCAACAAUACAACCGGCUGUACAUACAGAUGCUAUUGGUGUUCUUGCUCCAGUACGUCCGGGUCUUGUAGUUAGCGGUGGACGGGAUAAGUUAAUUGCACUGAACAACGUUGACAAAGGUCGUAGUAUUUUCAAGUGGAAUGGACACGAAAAAGAAAUUACUAAAGUUUGUUCUCGUUUUCUAUUUAUAUGAC